GCCCGCUCCUGGUCCCCUGGCUGUUGCACCUCCCACCCUGCCCCCAGCGGUGGCCCACAUCGUCAAGAAGUACCAGGCCGCCGCAGCUGCCCUCAAGCCCCCUGUGCCGGCGCCCGUGUGAGUCGGGAGCGCCCUGGCCCGACCUCCCUGUGAAGUGACAAAGAAAACGCCUUUGGGAGUCUUCCAGUCUUGCGUCGUCCACCGUUGAAGGAGCGCGUUCAUUCACACCAAAGCUUUUCGAUCAAUGACAAUAAAUCCUUAAUAUGUUUACUACACAGUUUUCCUUCUUUUUCUACCGUUAUCUUUAGGAUGAUGUUAAUUUAUACUGCAUAUGAAUUAAAUGAUUAGGUCAAAUAUCCUGUAGAGAGGAACACGAAUAUGAGGUUGAUGCAUGAAGUACUUUAAGCAAAAGUUAAGUGAUGUGAUGUUCUAAGAAUUAACCUAACAAACCAACAAAUUAAAGGUGCUAAUUACCAAAAUAUAC